AUGCCUGGGGGAACUGAGGAAUUCGUGCCCCACACCAACAACAUGGGCACUGUGGCCAACAACAUGGAGAUGCCAGGUCCGGUGAUCAUGAUGAUGGAGGCACCUCCCUGCUUUAUGGUGGGAGGCUGGGUUAUGGCCCCGAACUCCGAUCAGAGUGGAGGCUGUAACGAGGCGCAGAACAGCAACAAGACGUACACCGAGGAGCAAGAGUCGGGAGACAGCAGAGUGAUGGAGCUGCAAACUCAGAUCGAGAACAUCCGCUUCACACAUGAGAAGGAGAAGCAAGCCAUGAAGAGGCAGAUCCAAGCCUACCAGAAGAUCCUAGACCGCUACGACAUCCCCCGGGAAGAGGCCGAUGCCAUCAUCCACCACCUUGAUGCCUCCGAGGGCUCCAACGUGUCGAACAUGGCGACCACGUGGUGGUCGGGCAUGGCCACCGAUGUUAGCAGCACGACCAUGCCCAUGGAUGGCAUGAUGGGAGGAGAGCAGUGGGACAUGACGACUGAUCAGUCCGUGGAGAUCUCGAACCAGCCGAGCCCAGGGAGUGCCAAUGGAAACACCUCGAGCACCAAGACCAUUGCCUCGGAACUCCAGGCCCUGCUCCCACAUGCCAAGGUCCGAUGCAGCAACGGGGAGUCGGAGACGCCAGAGUCUAGAACCCCAAUGCCUACACCGACCAGCUCAUUGAAUGAGGAGGUCGAGAAGCAAAUGUUCAGCCUAGAGCAGAUGGUGAACAGCAAGCUCGAUGACCGCGCGUUGAUGUCUCUGAAGAGGUUGUCACCGAUUGACGGCAAGGAGGCCCUGCGCAAGGUCCAGGAAGUGAUCGAGUUCCAAGGGGGCAAGUGCCACAACCUGUCCUCUAUGCUUCAGUCCGUGUGCCGUAAAAUGGAGAAGCGCGCCGAACUCGAGGCCCGGCGCGGAGAGCUCCUGGAGGAGGUAGUUAUGCGGCAAAUAGAUAGUCAGAUAGUCAUGCAUUUGACGACAUUGGCAUUUGAGGCAAUGAAGUCUGCGGCCAUGAAGGCAAAGGCCAUGAAGGGAAUGAAGGUGAUGAAGAAGAAAGCCAUCAGCAGAAUCGCUCGGGGCAAGCUGGCGAAGGUGGCUGUCUUCCAGGGUCGCAAGGAGAAGACCGCGACGGGUCUCCAGAAGACGCACCUCAUGAAGAAUAAGCACGGUAAGGUGGUGACCAAGAAGAAGCACGCCAGCGGCAAGCUGUUCCAGAAGUUGGGGCAGAAGUGGAUCAGCGCGGUGAUGACUGCGAGAAAAGAGCUGGGCAUGAAAGGCUUUUGCGCGGUAGGCGGCAAGAGUGCUCAGGGCAAGGCGCUCUAUGCCAAGGCGGUCUUCACGUUAGCCACAGCUGCAGGGGGAUGUACAGCUGAUCUUGUGCUCUUUGAGAUCGUGGCGCAGAAGCUGGACCGCGAAAGCCAGGCCGCUUGGGAGUGGGAGCCGAUGAACCGAAUAAGGCUGAAGAAACACCGGGAAGGUUGCUUGCUUCGUGUCCUGACUUUGCCGCCAGACAAACCGCUGAAAUAUUUGUCUGGAUGCUACGAGAAGGUGUGCUCAGCUCCAGACUAUGGUAGCGGAGUUCUCAAGGAUUCCAUAUUUCAUGUUAGCGGCUUGUGCUUCUCCGUGAAGGGCUGGGUACCGCCGCUCUGUCGUGCACUGAUGAUAUCGUUCUUUCAGGAAGACUAUGUGACUCGGCGGGAGCCCGACCCCCUGGGCUUCUUCAUGUACAUGAUCAGCCCCUUCCUCACGGCAGCGCCCAAGUUCCCUCGGAAAGUUGACCCCUCCCGCUACAUUAUUCGGGCCUUUGACAUGGUGACCCUUGCCGAUGAGCCCAGCGAAGAGGAAGGUGCUGCCGCCGUGCUUAUGCUGCUGGGCUCAGUGAACACUUGGAAGCUUGGCUCCUGCAGCACGGCCGACCUUUUACAGUAUUGCCGACGUCGCUGUGGGAUUAUUUGGGAACUCCUUGCUGACGGGGACCCGGCACGGCAGUUCAUCGGCGGACUUCAGCAGCUGUGGAUGGAGUCGCGCCGUGAUGAGUCAACUUCAGUGUCUUCGCCUUCAUGGCACGGGCUGGGAAGACGCUUUCGUGCGGGUGAUCAGGAUGAGUUCGAGCGUCAUUUGCGCCCUGAGGAGCUCGCCGAGGCUGAUGUGGGCUGGGCUAACCGGGUGGAAGAGGCCGUGACGAGUCGGGAGACGUACGCCGAGAAGCUCCAGACAGGCACUUGCCCGGCUUUCAUGCAUGUGGGUGCAGGGCCCCCGAUCAGUAUCCAGGAGCGCAGUGUCCUUGCCCCGAGCCGCGAGGACCAGAUCCUCGCCGUGCUUCGGGCCGUGACUGUGCAGCAGCAGGUGUGGAUAACGUUGGGACUUGUGUCUCUGUCGAGGUUGACCUGGAGCCGUCGGGUGAAGAAGGCGGAACUGGCCUGA